AUGCGGGCGCCCCAAAGCUGGAUCCUGUGGGUAUUCCUAGUAAAGAAGGGGUACCAGGAAACCGAUUCUGCCCCCCACUUCUCAGUGAUUACCAAACUCAAGGGGAUUUCAGUCACCGAAGUCAAGGACGCUGGAAACAGGCUGUGGGAUGUGGCAGAUUAUGUGAAGCCUUCUCAGGGAGAAAAUACGUUUUUUCUGGUGACCAAUUUCAUUACUACAACAAAGCAGGCCCAAGGUACCUGUCCUGAGAGCCCCUCUGUUUUAGAUGGGAUUUGCAGAGAAGAUGCAGACUGUCCCAUAGGAGACCCAGUGGUUCAUGGCAAUGGGAUAAAAACUGGGAAAUGUGUGAUGUUCAAUACUACCCAUUCUACCUGUGAGAUCUACAGCUGGUGUCCUGUGGAGAAUGACACCGUACCCAGGAAACCUCUUCUGGCUGAGGCGGAGAAUUUUACUCUUUUUAUAAAAAAUACUGUGAACUUCACCAAAUUUAACUUCUCCAAGUGCAACACUUUGCAAACCAGUGACCCCACCUAUUUCAAGAGCUGCACGUACGAUCCAUUUUUCAACCCAUCCUGCCCAGUCUUCCGUAUCCAUGACAUGGUGGAGGCAACUGGAGAGACCUUUGGGAAUCUUGCAUUGCUGGGGGGGAGCAUUGCAGUUUACAUCAAGUGGGACUGUGACCUGGAUCACCCUGCUGCCCAGUGCCAGCCUCAGUACUCCUUCAGCCUGCAGGACAGGAACUACAAUUUCAGAACUGCCUCCUACUACUGGGAUCCCCAAAAAAGGCACUACCGGAGCCUGCUGAAGCUCUACGGCAUCCGCUUUGACAUCUCUGUGCAUGGCCAGCAGGCUGGGAAGUUCAGUAUAAUUCCUGCUGCCGUGAGCCUCGGCGCCAGCAUCGCGCUCCUUGGUGCUGCCACAGUGGUCUGUGACCUGGUUCUGCUGUACCUGGAUUCAAAGGCGGACUUCUAUCGGAAGGAGAAGUUUGAGGAGGCAAAACCCCCAAAAGGUAAGGCAGAGGCCGCAGCAUAGCCACGAUGGUUUGGCCAGGACAUCGGGAAUUUUCAUCAACAAACACCGUUCCAUCUAGAGUUGACCUCCAAAUAGAUGUGAUGGGAGCACAGCUGAGGCCCAGGUGGAGGUGACUGCUAGAUCUCCUGGCCUGAUCAGGUGUGCACUGCUGGCGUUGAGAUCUGCCCUUCCUUGAGAAAUACUUGUAUCAGCGGUUCUUGGCAAAUGGAGCACAAAACCAUCCCACUUGGAAAGCCCUCACCUGUCAUCCCCUAGCACAACCCAAAGCCCUGCAGCUCCCAGAACAGACUGGCCAGUGCCCGAGUGCAGCCAUGCUGCAGAGCUGCUGUAUGAGCUGGAGUUUGCUGUAAAGUGGCUUGUCCAUGUUCAACAAAAAAGGCUUGAAGUGCUUUGUGCUUCUUCACUUUCUAGAUUGCCCUGGGGAUUUGAUUUCACAUGAAAAAGAGCAAUGAAAUGAAAUAAAGCUGCUCAGAGAGGGGGAGGUAGCUCUGCUCUGUCUCCAGUCUUGCAGGUGGCUGUUUGAAGGUUUUGCGGCACUGCUCUUUCCUUUGGGUCCCCACGUCCUUUGUCUAGUAGCAUACAGAAAGGACACUCAAUACCAAGAGUCCAGAAAGCAAUGGGCUGCCCUCGCCACCUUGUACCGUCCUGCUGCUCCAGUCCCUACAGGCUCUGCUCUCUGCUAAAUCCUCUCCGUGCUUGUCCCUAACGUGCAGACGUUCAGUGUGGCCUGAGCUAGGCAGAAACAUGUUUAACCAUGCAGCACCAUGCACAUGGCAGUCCACAGCUUCCAGUUGGAUGGCACAUUGCAGAGCUUCAUGUGAGCCACCAAGCUGCUUGGGAGCUCCCUGGGCAGCACAGCCUGAGCCCUUGUAGCCUUUCAUAGACCACUAAGGCCGGGAACAUCCCUGAGACAAUUCAAAGCAUUUGCCCCCACCUCAGCAGGCAGGGCCAGGUACUCCAUGGCAUCACGGGUGCUGGGGUGCAGCAACUGGCAUUGUUAGUUCAGCUAGUGUGUCUCUAGCUGG